CUGGUGCUGAGGCUGUGUGUUUUGACGCAGCAGCGGCAGAAGCGGCGGCACGGAGCGGCCCUGCGCGGAACCUGCGGGGAACCAGCGCCGUUUCUCCCGCGCCUCGACUCUCCCCCGGUCAGAGGUCUCUGUCGUUCCGCAGUGAUGUCCUGGAGACUGUGGUUUUAGUCAAUCCAUCAGAGGAGUCUGCCCACAGAGAGGUGCGCUCUCUGCUUACUGACGCCUCCCGGUGGAAGCUUCUGGUGCUGAGCGGACAGAGCUCAGAGCGAGGACAGGUGCAGCUACAGACAGGUGCCAUAGGGGGGAGGAGCCUCAGGGCGGUCCUACACUCAGCAGAGGUCUCUGAGGUUCUGUCUGAAUCCUCUACUCCUGUUAAACUCUUCGUCUCUGCUCCUUCUGACCCUGAGUGGUCUUCCCUCCUCCAGAAUACCGAUCCUCUCUCUUCUUACGUGGAAUUCCGCCUCAUUCCUGACUCACCCUCACCUCAGACCACAGACAUGGACGGAGUGAGCGAAUUCACAGAAUAUGUCUCGGAAACGGUUGACGUUCCUUCUCCAUUUGAGCUCCUGGAACCUCCAAACUCAGGCGGCUUCCUGAAGCUGUCCAAACCAUGCUGCUACAUCUUCCCCGGUGGCCGUGGUGACUCUGCGCUCUUUGCGGUAAACGGUUUUAACAUUUUGGUGGAUGGCGGCUCCGAUCGGAAAUCCUGCUUCUGGAAACUGGUGCGUCACUUGGACCGGAUCGACUCGGUGCUCCUCACACACAUCGGAGCUGACAACCUCCCAGGAAUAAACGGUCUGUUCCAGAGAAAGAUUGCAGAGAAAGAGGAGGAGGAGAAGAACCAGGGGAACAAUGGGGACUGGACCAAGAACCUUAUCUCUCCGGAGCUUGGCAUCGUCUUCUUCAAUGUCCCAGAGAAGCUACGUGCUGCGGAGUCAGCACUAAAGGCUAAACGUAGCAUAGAGGAGGCAUCGCUAACGCUGCAGUAUCUGAACAAGCUCGGAAUCACACCAGAACCACUACACCGCGUCGUCAGCAACACCAUCGAACCAAUCACGCUUUUCCACAAACUGGGAGUGGGAAAACUGGACAUGUACGUUCUGAACCCGGUGAAGGAGAGUAAAGAGAUGCAGUUUCUGAUGCAGAAGUGGGCGGGGAACAGUAAGGCUAAAACCGGGAUCACGCUGGCCAAUGGGAAAGAGGCUGAGAUAUCUGUGCCGUAUCUGACUUCGGUUACGGCACUCAUUGUCUGGAUUCCACACAAACCCACGGAAAAGAUCGUUCGAGUUCUCUUCCCUGGAAACGCGCCACAAAACAAAAUCUUUGAAGGUUUGGAGAAGCUCAAACAUCUGGACUUCCUGCGAUUCCCGGUGGCAACGCAAAAAGACAUCGCAACUGGCGCUCCUCCUCCAAUUCUAAAACAAACAAAGAUGCGUUCCAGGACAGACAGUAAGGAGAGCCUGAAGUCUUCACCAAAACCGAAACCGAAGAAGGAUUCGACGAGCCAUGAGGACGAGAAGGAAGUGAAGCCAGAGAUCACCAAGGAAAACAAAGUCGAGAAGAAGGACAAACCCAGCACCAAAGCGAGUAAACAAAAGAAGAACACAGAGGUUGAGAAGAGCAAGAUUGCCAAAGAAAAAAGCGAUAAGAAAAGAGACGAAGAGAAGCAGAAAAAAGACGAAGAGAAGCCAAAAAAGAAGGAUGACGACAAGAACAAGAAGGACAAAGAGGAGAAGAAAGACAAGGUGAAGAAAGAAGUGAAAAAGAAAGUGAAAGACGAGAAGAAACCGGAGCUUCGGAAAAUCACCAAACCUGACCUGAAACCGCUCACUCCGGAGGUGAGGAAGACCCUGCACAAGGCAAAGACUCAGGCCAAACCCAAAACUGACAAAAACAAAACCACAAAGGAGGAUGAGAAGAAGGUGAUCAAAAAGAAGAAAAAAGUGACAGAGGAGGUGCAGAAAGUGAUGGAGGUGACUGUUGAUCGGUCUGUCGUCUCAUCACCCGAAGAUCUGACACAAGACUUUGAGGCGCUGAAGCAGGAGGAGGGUAAAAUAUCCACCACGGAGAGUUCUAAAAUGGAGAUGAAGGAGGAGAGAGAGGAGAAGAAGGAGCAGAGAAAUGAAGAAGAGAUGAAGGAGGAGAAGAGAGAAGAGAAGAGAGAGGAGAGAAGGGAGGACAAGUUUGUGAAGAAGAGUGAAAGUUCAGAAGAUGAGGAUGUGAUUGAGAAAGCGGAGGUGGAGGGCACAGAGGAGGCAGAACUGCUCAAAGGCAAAACUGAGGAGAAGGAGCUGAAGUCUGAGCAGUUUUCCUACAUUCAAGAUGAAACUAUUCCGGGUUAUUCUGAAACAGAGCAGACGAUCUCGGAUGAGGAAGAGAUCCAUGAGGAGACGGAGGACCGAAUUCUGAGUUACGAUGUGGGAGAUGUGUGUGUUCCUGACAUUCCAGGAAGCUUCGACUCGAUCCAUGGCGUUAAAGAGCUGAAGGAUGCCAAACCCAAAGCAUUCCCAUUUCAGGAGGCAGAACUAGCACCAUAUCCUGUGGUCAUCUCUGCCCCAUUAGCAGAGGAGGAACACGUUUCCUCGGCAACGUCAAUCACAGAAUACGAUAAACUCUCAUCCUUUGCGACAGAGGACCAAUCGUACAUCGUGGCAACGCAGCAAACAGAAACAAACAACCAGCUCGCCAAAUCUGCACUCGCUAAAGACUACUUACACUCUGCUGGCACCAUCUCGCCCACUUCCUCUUUGGAAGAUGACAAAUGUUUCAAGUCUCCCUCAUCAGACGAGCCUGUGGUACCAGAGAUGGACACCAGGGGACGAGAGGAGGAGGAGGAGGAGGAGGAGGAAGACGAAACUCCAAACGUGGACAUUCCUCUGGGAAAACUACAGGAAGGAUACGAAUUGAAAACCAAACAGGAGCAGGAGGCGAAACCAGCAAUGACUCCCAAAUCCGUGGAGGAGGAGGGAUUCUUGCCUAAAUCGCAAAAAGACGAAAAGCACGAAAUAUUUACCACAAAAACUGAAAAACUUGAUGAUUUCUCAUUCAAACUGGAUAAAGACGUCACUGUAAAGAGCAGUUUCGCUGUAAAACCAUCAGAACCCAAAACAUUUACAACAAAAGUACCAGAGAAAGAUGAAUGUUUCUCUCCAGAAUUAGACGAUUUCCCGCCUAAACCAAAAGAAGAAAGUUUAGCAUCAAAAUUAGAUACAGAAGCUAGUUUGAAGAAAGAUGAUAUCACAGUAAAACAGGACAAAGAUGUGUUCAAACCUGGUUCUCCUCCAAAACCCGAUGAAUUUAUAUCAAAAUCUAAAGAUGAGAAAGAGAAAGUAGAUGAUUUUUCAGAAAAACUUGAUCAGACCAAACCAAUCUCUCCUUCUGUGUCUCCUCCGAAGUACGAAGUAGAGCAAAGUUUCCCUCCUAAACAACAUGACAUAGUAGAGAAGACGGAUAUUUUGAAACCGUCUGUGUCACCAGAGCCAAGUUUACCUCCAAAAUUAGACGAAUUUAAACCGAAACAAGACAAAGAGGACACAGCAAAACCCUCCUCUCCUCCUAAAUAUGAACUAGAGCAAGGUUUCACACAAAAAUUUGAUGAUUUUAAACAAUCUGAAAGAGAAGAAAUAGCAAUAUCGGCUUCACCCCCGAAAUAUGAAGCUGUAGAGAAGGUGGACAUUUUGAAACUGUCUUCUCCCAAACAACCAGAGCCAAGUUUUACGCCCAAAUUUGAUGAUUUUAAACCAAAACAGGAAAAAGAAGACAUUUUGAAAUCCACCUCUCCUCCUAAAUAUGAACUAGAGCAAAGUUUUACACAGAAAUUAGAUGAUUUUAAAACCAAAUCUGAAAAAGAAGACAUUUUGAAACCUUCAUCUCCUAAUCAAGUAGACACAACUUUCCCAACGAAAACAGAAGAUUUUAAACCAAAACAAGAAAAAGAGGAUACAGCCAAACCAGAGUCCCCCCCUAAAUAUGAACCGAUACUAAGUUUCCCCACGAAAUUUGAAGAUUUUAAACCAAAAGAGGAAUUUUCAAAGCCGGAUUCUCCUACAUUUGAAGAUUUGAAACCAAAAGACGAUUUUUCAAAGCCGGAUUCUCCUAAAUUUGACGUACAACAACAAAAAGUGCCAGAUUUUGCUUCCAAACCUCAACAGGAAGUGGGUUUUCCUCCUGAAUCUUCUCUGAAAACUGAAUCCAAACCCAAAUCUCCGGUUUCUCCUUUAAUUCCGAGUUUGGACCUGAGACGUGACAGUGAUGAUCACUGCUUGAGCCCAGACGACAGCACAGUUAAACUCGCCUCUCCCACCGAUGAAAAACCAUUUGGCAAAAUCGAAACAGAGAAAGGUGAAAAGUCUGUCACCAUCUCCGAAAACACGUCAUACAUUGGAACGUUUGAAGCUUCUGGAGAGUCGGAGGAGGAGGAGGAGGAGGAGGAGGAAGAAGAAGAGGAGGAAUACUACGACAAAAAGGAGCUGCAGCCGACUGUGAAAGCCAAACUCAUGGAGGCAAAAGAGGGAUGUUUCCUAGACGAUGAUUUCAGCGGAAAGAAAGAAAAAACACAGAAAUAUUCAGACGAGGAAGACGAGAAAAAAGAUGAUGUUGUCGAGAGUGAAAACAAAAAAGAUGAUGAGAAAAGCGUUCACUUUGGAGCAUGUGAUUUUCCAGAGAAAGAGAAAAAGACUGAGCUGUACAUGCGGCAAGACACGCCGUACGUACACGGAAAAACCUUCAGCUACAGCUCCAUGGAAUCCGACACGUUCAGGCAAGAAUCUGACGAAAAAUCUGAUGCGAAGAAAGACGACAACAAAGACUAUGAGGAGGUGAGAGUGAGAAGCUUCCCAUCCAUGGCCGAUAGACCCGAGUUGUCCGCAACAUCGCUUAGUUCAGACAAAACCGAAAAAUUCCAGCAAAGUUUGGAAGUGGAUUUACGGAAAUUAACUGCAAAAGAUGAAGAAGAUUACGAUGAUGUAGAGACAGAAUCUGAUGAAGAGGAGACAGACGAUGACACAGAGGAGGAGGACGUGGAGAAAGGAGCAAAAGAAAUGUCAGAAAAAGAAGUGAAAAGUGAAUGCAAAAGUGACUACAAAAGUCCCUCUCCGACUGGAUUUGAUCCGAGCCGACCUGAGUUUAUCCUUUCAUUUGCAGGAUAUGGAUACAACAGCCAGGGAAGAGUAAAAACAGAGGAAAAAACUGACAAGAACAAAGAGAAAGAUGAGAAAAUAUCUGAUGAUAAAGGUUUAAUCGGAAAAGUGGAAGUUACAAGUAAAAGUGAAGUGUCUCUAAAGCAGGAAACUCAACCCAAAGAAACCACAAAACCUGAUGUGACGAAUAAAACUACUGUGUCACCAACAUCAGACCAAACCAAAGACGAGUCAAAGGACAAAAGUGCAGUGCAAAUUUCAACAAAAUCUGAAAUCUCUGCCACAUCUGAAAAAGACAAACUAGAAACAUUUAAAGAUAGUUCAUCAGAGAAGACGAGCAAAGACCAUAAAGAUUUCAGUGUUGGAGCUGCAGAACAAAUGGUUGAGCAAAAAUCUGACCCAGGAUUUUCAAGUCAUAGCAGUUUCUCCUCCACGUUUGAAUAUUCCUACAAAGAAUUGACAGAUAAGAAAGACGAGAGUAGCGCUAGAGAGAUUGAGAAAUGUUUUGAUAAAGAUGUUGUCAAACCAGCUGAAGUGGGUAAACCGUUAGAAAAAGACGACAAGGAAAAGGUUGAAUUUGGACUCAAAGAAACCGAGAAAGUGUCUGAUUUUGGUCAAUUUUCAACAAAUAAAUUUGAAAUGAAAGAUUUUGGCUUUUCACAAGACAAAAAAGAUAUUGAAACCAAACCAGAUGGUAGUGAAAAAUGUUCCAUCUCCUCUGGCUUCACCACUUCAUCUUUACCUUUUGACUUUGACAAGAAGUCUCAAGAAAAAGAUGAUUUUGAGGCUGAGUUCCACAAGCAGAAGACACCAGAGACUUUGAGCAAAACUACAUUGGAUUCGAGUUUCCCGUAUCCUUCCAGCACCGCAUACUCUUCGUCCUCCGCAUACAGCUACUCCUCCUCUACCUCCGGCUCCCUCUCCAUGACGACAAGCCGACAGUUUGCCGAAGAGUUGGAGACCCCUGCCUCCGAUUCACCUACGUCGGAACGCGUGAAAGACGACUAUUUGGAAGUUUUGGAAGAGACAAAAUCCUCCAUGCAAAUUGCUCAGCCUGGGAAGGAGAUGCAGGGGAAAUCUGAGUGCUUCUACAAACCAGAAAAGACGGAAGAAUUUGGCCUGUACACGUCGGAAUCCUCCAAAGAGAAAUUUGGCAUGCCGUCAAUGGAAAGCAGCGGAUUUGGAGCAACAUCUAAAUCGAAAAUAGGAGAAUACGGACUUUACACUGCAGACGUAUCGCAGGAAAAAUAUGGGGGAUUCCCUAAAUUUACGGCCGAUGAGUUACAGAAGGAGAAAGAUACACUUAAAGAACAAUAUGGACAGUUCGGAGCAGCUGCAAAAGAUUUUGGAGCUAAAGAAUCUUCACAGGAAAAAAGUGGAAUUUCAUACACAGAAAUGAAAGCGGAAGGAUUUGUUCAGAUCUCCACAGAAAAGGAAGCGGCAAGUGCAGCCCUGUUUGGAAUCACGUCAUCUCCAAGGCCCGAAACAGAAGGAAAGCACUAUUUUGAGGAGACGGACACGAGCGAGGAGGAAGAGGAGGAGGCUGAAGACGCAUAUAUGAGAGAGAUCAUCCACAAAACCAGUCCAGGAGCAGUGAAAGAAACCACCAUGAGCACAGAAAAGAUUGGACUCAGCUCCUCUAAAACCACAGAACCAACGAAACCAGAUCCCAAAGAGCUAAAGACAUCUGCAGGGUUCGAGUGGGAGAUGAAGUCCAAGUCUGGGAUGAUGGUUCCCGGAGACUCACCUCCUCAUUAUCGACAGGAGUUUGAGGAGGAGGUGGAGAUGGAGCCGGAGCAUCCCGCCAGACCUCUGUCCCUGUCCAAAACAGAGGGAGGCUCAUCGUAUGUCAGUGCACAGAAAGCAUCACCUCCAAGUUACAGCGACCACCAAUCCCCCUCAUAUUUCACCUCAGACAUCCCUCAGAGCAAACAGGAGCUGAGUCUAAGCUUUGGGGAAAAGAAGGACCCCACUAAUAGUGCAGAGUAUUUCGGUCGUCAUGACAGCGAUGAUGAGGAGUGUAAGCUGGGGGCGGCAUCCAGUCGGAAGUCACCCGGAUACUCGGCAAAACACGACCUCUCACCCUCCUUCAUCAACCCGAGCAUGAGGUCAUUUGUGAGCGACGAUGAAGAUGAGGAGGAAGAGGAGGAGGGGCCAGCAAGCAUCAAGACGCCACAGGAACGUGGGUGUCUGCUAGCGAAUGAGGAUACGCCCCCCACGUCAGACGAAUCGGGAAACUCUGAUUCAAACGCGGAGUCAGAGGAAGAGGAGUACAUUUCCGUGGAGAAGUCUCGGAGCUAUGAUCCUCCUCCAGUGUCCAGAUCCGACAUGUCCCCAAGACCCCCCCACCCCGAUGUCUGCAUGGUCGACCCUGACUCCUGCCCCCCUGAAACAGAGCUCAAGAAGCUUGGAGCUGACGACGACAAGGCCAAAGCCAUCAAGAAGAAGAAGCUGACGAAGGGAUCAGGGAAGUCCAGCUCAUCUCCAGCGCGGCGUAAGAAGUCACCGAUGCCUCGUGCAACCUCCACCAAGAAGAAAGAUCUAGAAAAGAGCUCACGGGCCUCAAGAACCUCAGACAGAGACGACGAAAUGUCCCGGGCCUCCUCCACCCUCAACAAGAACAAAACUAGUUCUCAGCGCUCCAUCUCUGGCCCCGCUCUCGGGUCUGGACCUGGUUCUGGGUUCCCGGUUUACGUGGACUUGGCUUACGUCCCAAACCACUGCAGCGCCAAGAACGUGGACCAGGAGUUCUUCAGACGUGUGCGGGCAUCGUACUACGUAGUGAGUGGUAACGACUCUGCCAGUGGAGAACCCAGCCGUGGAGUCCUGGAUGCUCUGCUGGAGGCCAAGGCCAGUUGGGGCUCCAACCUGCAGGUGACAUUGAUCCCCACCCAUGAUACAGACGUGACACGUGAUUGGUACCAGCAGAGUCACCAGGUCCAAACCGACCUCAACGUAAUGGUCCUGGCCUCCAGCUCCACUGUGGUCAUGCAGGAUGAGAGCUUCCCUGCCUGCAAGAUCGAAUUCUAGAGAUGUCUAAUACCAGAAUAUACAAGAAACUACUAGAACACAGAGGAACCUAUAGAUGAGAGCUUUCCCACCUGCAAGAUCGAGUUCUAGAGAUAUCUCCUUCCCAAAUCAAAAAGGACCAACAGGAACCUACAGGAGAAUACAAUAACAUACAGAUGAGAGCUUUCCUGCCUGCAAGAUUGAGUUCUAGAGCGACCCAGGACAUACAAGAACCUAAAACAGACAUCAAGAACACUGGAGACAUUGCAGGAACCUAAAAGAACCUUCUUCUAACGCAGACCCUUUUCCACCGAACCUGUUCUGGUUCUGGACAGGUUCUGUUACAAACAUACUGCUGCUAGAGCUGAGAGGUGGUUCUGAGUCAGCACCAGGAAAAGCUGGGCCAGAAAUGAGAAGCAGACAUAAAAAAUACAUAUUGUAGAAGGUAACAAUAAGUCAGUCUGAGUCAAAAUACAGCAAAACUCACAUGGGGCAAAAACGACCAAAAGCAAGCUGUUAGCUAAUAAACAGUAAGUCGCUAUGGUACUAAACACUAGCCCUUAUUUAGUGUAAAAAUAAGCUAGCAGCUAGCAGCCCAGAACCAGAUCAGAACCAGCACAUUGGUGGAAAAGAAAAAACAGAACAGACAACCACCUACAAAAACCUACAGGAACCUAAAAGAACGGAGUCUACUGAUGAGAGCUUCCCCAGCUGCAGGAUGGAGUUGUAGUCCUGAAUAAACCCAUUCACUAAACUGAAACUGGACUGUUUCGCAUCAGAACAUGAACUUUGCUGUCUACAAAAGAUUAAAACCAACCUUCAAAAAAACUUCACCAGAACUGGAGAAGUAAGGUCUGAAAAGUACCCAAGUAAAUGCAAUUUAAUACCACCCACUUCUUUAAGCCAUUCUGGACCUCCAGCUGCGAGGACUCUACCAGACCAUGGACCCAGGAUUGGACUCAGACCUGAAACUGGAUUGGACUAAAGUUUAUCAAACAAAGACCAAUGCUCUUCUGCAGUGAGACCAAAAUCCUGCCUUUGACUUCACCGGAUUGGGCCAAAUGGGAUAGAAUAAGACCGGCUCAAACUAACCGGACUAGACCAACCGGAUCAAACUAGACCGGAUCAAAUCAGACUAAACCAGACCUGACCAAACUGGGCCAGAUGGGCUGAUCCUGCACUGGACUAGACCCUGGUCCUACAAAUAUAUAAAUACAUUCUGUCAAAGAGCUGAAGUCUGAGUCCACACUGGUUCAUUUAAACCUGGUCUGUAGAUUAGCCUGUUUUAGAUUCGCCGGGUUUAGAAUAGCCUGGUUUAGUUAAUCCUGGUUUAGUUCUGUUGUUUACUUUGUGUAUAUUUUUAAGGAUAACUUUUAAAAUAUAAAUAAUAGGAUUUGGCAAGCAUCAUCUUCACACUGUAUUGAUCUAACUCUAUGUGCGAAAUCAGCAAAUAAAACACUGACAUAAAUCAAUCAUAGGUUUCGCUUUAGUCCAGGUUUAGUCCUGGUUUAGUCCUGGUUUACUUCUUGCUUUGACCUGAGAGUCUUAUUUUGGUCUUGUUUUAGUUCUAGUUAAGUCCCAGUUUAAUGCCUAAAGAGCUGAAUUAAACUUAAUCUUUGUUUUAGAUCUAGUUACGUCACAUUUUAGCUUUUAGUUUCUUCCUAUUGUAUACAUUUACUCAAUUCUUCUUGGUUGCAAAAAGUCGCAUAUUCAUAAAAAUGUGAAUAGUAAAUCAAGUUACUGUGAAACCAGUGUGGAUUCGGACUGAACUGGACCGAACCGGACUGACCCAAACUGGACUCUUUUGUAAUGCGUCCUCCAUCUUUGUUUUUUUUCUUUAAUGUUUUGCUUCUGGUGUUUGAGAAAAGCACAAGACGUUUCUGCCCGGCAACAGAUGACAUCACUAUGACAUCACUAUUAUUAUCAUUAUUAUUAUUAUUCUAUUAUGAUUUUCUGCUGAUGAUGUAAUUAAUCCAACAGGAUGUUUUUUUGCUUUUCUGUAAACGGGCUCGGACACAGGGACAGUUAAAGGGACUGUUUUAGUUUUAAAUAUUACAUAAAAUAUAACUAUAUAAUUACUUACGUCUGGAUAUAGUGAGGCUGGGCCAAAUACACUUAAUUUUAUUUGAUGUUUGAGGAGAGAAUGUGUUGGUUUGAAAUAAGAUUCAUGCUAAAAAAUAUUAUAAAAAUGAUUUAUUUUUGCGUUGUCAUUAAGAGAAGAGAGAUGAGCUGCUGUGCAUGAAGCAUGAGACACUUUACAUUUCUGAGACUUACGCUUUGACAAUGCUGCAUCAGAUGCCCGCCCACCUUUCUGUGUGUCAGGUGCCCUCCCAGUGUGUCAGAUGCCCUCCCAUCCUCCUGUAUCCCUGUGUCAAAUGCCCUCCUGUGUCAGAUGCCUUCCUACUCUCCAUUAUACCUGUGUAUCAGAUACCCUCCCUGCGUGUCAGAUACACGCCCUAGGUAUACGAUGCUUUCCUCGUGUAUCAGAUACACUUCCUGUGUGUCAGAACCCCUCCCCAUGUGUCAGAUGCCCUCCCGUCACACAUGUCUCUUGGGUGACUCUGGCCCUGUUGUCCUCUGUGGCCGAGCCCUCUUUGGGUGUAUCUCUGCUUCGUACAGAUUUGGUUUGUUCCAUGUACUCGAGUACUCUGCGUUAGAUUAGCCGUGUGUCGUGGUCUGCGCAGUGUCACCCGUUCCUCGGCACUUUCUGCACCCUAACUCCUACGCCCUAACUCCUACGCCCUUCUUUCCUCCCUCCUUACUUCCUAGUUGCUUCCUUCUUUCCUUCCUUGCCUCCUUCCUUGUCUCCUAUAGUCUAAUAUUAUAACGAAUGUAAUCAUAGCAACGCCUUUCAUCUUAAACGAAUAUUAAAACAUAUGAAUGAGUCUAAA